AUGACAAUGGCAAAUUCUGCGGCUCCGAAAGAGCCGCUCGUGGUGAUAUUGGGGUCUACAGGGACAGGAAAAUCCGAGUUGGCAGUGGAAAUCGCAACUCGCUUCCGUGGAGAAGUCAUUAAUACAGAUGCCAUGCAGCUCUACCGUGGCCUGCCCAUCAUCACCAAUAAGAUCACAGCCGCCGAGCAGCGCGGCAUCCCACACCACCUGCUGGACCGUAUUCCUCUCAGCGACGUGCCCUGGGACGUCACAGAGUUCAAAAAGCACGCGUUGGGCACGAUUCGUGAGAUCCGCAGCAGAGGCAACUUGCCCAUCCUUGUUGGCGGCACGCAUUACUACGUUGAGCCACUGCUCUUUACAGAUGCCAUUCUCGACGAUGUGCAGCAGGAUGAGACAAAGUCGUUUCCCAUUCUGGAGGCUUCGACAGAAGACAUGCUCGCUGAGCUUCGCCGCGUCGAUCCUGAAAUGGCAGCAAAGUGGCAUCCCAACGAUCGCCGCAAGAUCCAACGGUCCCUGGAAAUCUACCUCCAUACAGGUAAAACAGCAUCAGCACUGUAUGCAGAGCAGCAGUGGCGUAAAGCCGCCGCUGCUGCCGAAGCAGAAUCCUCGCCUUGGGAGAAUCUCUUACUUUGGGUAUAUUCCGAGCGCGAUGUCCUGUGCGACCGUUUAGACAAGCGUGUGGACAAAAUGUUCAGCAGCGGCCUCGCCGAAGAAGUGCAAGAACUGCAUCGAUUCAAGACGGAAAGUGCUCAAAAUGGCACCGCUAUGGACAUGACCAAAGGUAUCUGGCAGUCCAUCGGCUACAAGCAGCUCGAGCCCUACAUUGCCGCAGCAUUCGACGGCGAGCCCACUGAAAACGUGGCUAAGCUUAGAGAGUCAGGCUUGGAAGAUAUGAAGACAGCCACGAGGCGCUACGCCAACUAUCAGAACAAAUGGAUCCGCGGCAAGCAGAUUCCCAGGCUGAAGCAGCGCGGCGAGGAUGCGCUGAGCAGCCUGUACGUGCUCGACAGCACCGACGUCGCGCGGUACCACGAGACCGUGGUUGCGCCCGCCGCCACGCUCGUCGACCUGUUUCUGAACGGCGAGCCCAUGAGGCAACCGCGCGAUCUGUCCGAUCUGGCGCGCCGUGUGCUGGAGACGGCGACGGUGCCGCCCGCCAAGCAAACGCCACAGCAGCGGACGUGCGAGAUUUGCCAGACGACGCUCGUGACGGAGGAGGCGUGGAACAGGCACAUGAAGAGUGCCGGCCACCGCAGGGUCAUGAAGAAGAAGAAGAAGCUUACCCUGGUGCCGGUAGAAACGUCGGACCAGGCAGAGGCCGAUGAAGCUGGGGACUCGAACCCAGGAAUAUCUUCGCUGCCGGGGCAGCAGUAG